GCGCCGCGCAUGCACACUGAGCUCACGGCGGUUGCCGUGGAGACGCGUCAGCCGGGCCGGGCCCGGAGCGCCGCCGCCGCCGCCAUGAGCCUGGGGCCGGAGCCGGGGACACGGCCGGGGACAGGGACGGGGCCCCCGAUCGAGCCCGGGCCGGGGCUGCCCUUCCUCCCCGGCUGCGCCAUCAAGGACCCCACGAAAACAUCUUUUCAUCGGUCCCAGACACUGGACUUCAAAAAUGGAUAUGCCUUUUCCCGGCUGCCAAGAGAGGGGGUUGGUGGGGACACACUUUUUGAAAAUCAGCUCUCUCAAGAUGAAUUAGAUGAUUUGUGCACCAAGGGAGCCACACUGACCUAUGGGCAAGUCAGGAGACCUGCACCUUCCCGCUUCACUCCAGCAUUCGUGGCCUAUGACAAAAAGGUUUUGAAGUUCGAUGCCUACUUCCAGGAGGAAGUUCCUAUUUCUCCAGAGGAGAAUUACCGGAUCCGCCAUGUGGGCAUCUACUACUACCUGGAAGAUGACAGCAUGUGCAUCAUCGAGCCCAAGGUGAAGAACUCGGGUCUGCUUCAAGGCAAGCUCAUGAAACGCCACCGUGUGCCCAAGAAUGAGCACGGGGAUUAUUACCACUGGAAGGAUCUGAACCUGGGCAUUGACCUCACCAUCUACGGCCGGACCUACCGCCUGGUCAACUGCGACUCCUUCACCAAGGUGUUCCUGGAGAGCCAAGGAAUUAUAGUGAACCCUCCAGAGGAACUGGUUUCGGAUCCGUACACAGAACAGCGCCAGACACCUGUGCAAAAACGCGUCGUGCCCGCAGGUCCCGACCCCUUCCGGCAGUUUCUGAUCUAUGACACAAAGGUGCUUCGCUUCUAUGCCAUAUGGGAUGACACCAACUGUGCCUUUGGUGAUCACCACCCCUGCAUCAUCCAUUACUUCCUGGCAGAUGACACGGUGGAGGUUCGGGAAGUCCACAAGAGAAAUGAUGGCAGAGACCCAUUCCCGGUGCUGAUGAGACGCCAGCGCUUGCCCAAAAUCUUUGUGGACAAGAACAAGAACUUCCCAAGCUGUGUGCUGGAGAUCACUGACCACGAGGUGCAAGAGUGGUAUUCACCCAAAGAUUUUGGUAUUGGCAAAACUGUCACACUCCUUGGACGCACCUUCUUCAUCUAUGACUGUGACAAGUUCACCCAGGACUUCUAUCGUGAAAAAUAUGGCAUCACAGACUUCCAGCCAGUGGAUGUAAAUAAGAAACCACUCGAAAAAGUUCCACAGGUAAUUCCUCCCUAUAAUGGUUUUGGCAUCCCUGAAGACUCUCUGCAGAACUGCCUCAGUCUGUUUCCAAAGCCUCCACGGAAGGAUAUCAUUAAGAUGCUGGAGAAUAGUCUCAAGGUCCUGAGGUACCAGGUGGCCCUGGAAUCACCAGUGCCUGAGGACAAAAAUCGUCGUUUCAUCCUCUCCUAUUUCCUCUCUGAUGACACGAUCAGCAUCUAUGAACCCCCAGUCAAAAACUCUGGCAUCCCUGGAGGCAAAUACCUAAAAAGGACCAAAGUUACCAAGCCAGGGUCUAUUCCAGAGAAUCCCAUAUACUAUGAGCCCUCUGACUUCACCAUCGGUUCUACAAUUGAAGUGUUUGGCCACAGGUUUGUGAUCAUUGAUGCUGAUGAAUAUGUGCUGAAUUAUUUGGAGAGACAUGCAGAGAGUUUCCCUGCAGCAACAGUGCAAUCCAUAAGGGAUCAUUUCCUCCCACGGAAGGUGGUGGUGGAGACUACCAGCAGUGGCAUCCCCAAGAAGGACCUGGAUGAUUUAAUUGUGGAGGUCCAGAAAGAACUGAAGCUCCGACAGCCCUUCAAUACCAGGCAGUUUCAUGAGACAUUUCAUCAUUUUGACAAGGAGGGCUCUGGCUUCCUGGAUAAAACAAGAUUUUUAAAUAUUUGUGACAGGUUCAACAUCCCAUCCAGCACCAUUCUACUUAAAAAGCUGAUUGACUACUGUUCCUGUGAUGACGACAAGGUAAACUACCGUGACUUCCUUCUAGCCUUCCCCAGUAAUCUCUUCCCAGAAGCUGAAGGACAGGACCAGCAAAGAAAUUUUCUGCUGCCUUGAAGACAUUGUACUUCAAAAAGGAUGUUCUGGGUUUCGCCCUUGUUUCACUCUCCCUCCCCUUUUCACAGACACAGCUGUGAUUUUUUUUUUCCUUCCUAACCCCUUCCUGCCCUUUUAGCCACCCCCAAACUCAACCUCACAACUUCUGGAUGUUGAAAUGAAACUUAGAGGAGAAAAAAACCAAUCUGAGAACCAAAGUCAGGUUCUUCUGCUUUCUCAACCUUUUAGUGCAGUACUUUAGAGAGCUAAAGCUCUCUGGAACCUGGAAUGAAAAUCACUCCAGGUUUCUCUCAGAUGGGCCUUUCACCUUCAAGUAGUGAAGACUGCCAGUUUGUUACUAAAAUGGCAAUAAAACUGUAUUUGCUAUAGAAGUGUUAAAAAGUCUGUUUUAAAUAGAUUGGCUGGAAUAGCUAAGGAUUAAAAUUAGGGGAAACCCACAAAUUGUGAUUCUGGUUCUACUCAAGACAGGGUGAUGGUGGUGAGUUUGGUUAUCCGGACACAAAUCUGCUGACAGCAGCUCUGCAUUUUGAACAAGAAGUUGGGAGAGGGGUUUUAGGACUGAGAUCCCAUCUAAACCCACCUUUUCCACCUGUCAGGUGUCCAAGGAAAGGAGAACACGGGCAGCUGGCACAGCAAUAGAGCUCUGACACUCGUGCUCCUCUUAGAGUCACAUUGCUCAUCUCCCCGUGAAGGUGACGUGGCAGGAGCCUUCUCACCCCAAGUGACACCUGCCAGGUGUUGCCAUGGAGCACACAGAAAAGGCAGCUGUCACACACACACAGAGAACAAAGCUCUUGGAAGAAAAUGCUGCUUUAAAGCAGCUUUUGCACCGUGGAUUCCCACUUCCCCUCAGACAGCUGAGAGUCUCCACAUGGCAGCUCCCUCCUGUUUCCCCUUGUUUGGAAAGGUCACUGCUCUUCUCUUCUGGGCCUGUUUUGUGCUGCUGCUCACCCCGACCAAGGAUCAUUCCAGGGAUCUCUGGUCCCCCUCGGAUUUCAAGAGACCAAAAACUUACAGAUGAUAUUGAGCUGUAGAAAGUCAGAAACUCUUUUCUGCACAGGCUAUGAAACCGUAACCUAACCCUCAGCCAAGUGAUGUCGUGUGCCUGGGGCCAGCUGCACCAAAUAUACAAUAUAGCUCACAAAAGUAUGUGCCUAAACCACAUCAGAUAAAUCAUCUCCUACAAAUACCCUUAUCCUCCACUCCCUCUGAUGAAAACUGCCACGAAUAAUGAACUCUGGAGCAGCUGCCCAUGCUGUGGACAUGGGAAAUGUGGGAAGAUGAAUCCCAGCUGCAAGGGCUUGGGGUGACAGGGUAAGGGGGAAUGGCUUUAAACUGAAAGAAAGUAGAUUUAGAUUGAAUAUUGGGAAAAAAAAUUCUCCCCUGUGAGGGUGGGGAGGCCCUGGCACAGCUUGCUCAGAGAAGCUGUGGCUGCCCCUGGAUCCCUGGAAGUGUCCAAGGCCAGGCUGGAUGGGGCUUGGAGCAACCUGGGGUAGUGGAAGAUGUCCCUGCCACAUGCUUGGCAAUAAUAAAGCAUCAGUGGAAACAGCACUGGAAGAAUCUAUGCCUUUUGUUUAUUUAUUUAUUUGAGAAAAAUACUUCUGCUGAGUUUAUCACAAAAGUCAUUGAACAACAAACAACAACAAACAAAAUCCGUACAAAAACUGAAGUGACAGGAAGAAUGAAACAAAUGGGAUAAAAUACCAGAGACUGUUAAUUCCCCCCACCCCCUCCAAAAUCAGGAAAUUUGCACUAAAGCAUAAAUAUGGAAGAACAGAAUUUUUCCUCGAGUUCCUUUGUUGAUCAGUUGAGUUCAACAUUUCCGAGUAAAAACUACACAUCUCUGUCUGGCUUCUCCAACAGCCGUUCUUCCCAGAAAAACCCCACACACAGCUCCAAGGAGGAGGAACAUUGCUGGGCAUAAAACCUACUAAACCACCCUUCCAUCCCCCAUGAAGUUUCUCAGAAGGCUGUAAAUCAAACCCCAUCAUCUCCAUCCACUGUUGACACAAUCUGGGGUCCCUGGACCAAGAGCCUGAGGCUGCUGUGAACCCCCAGGCACCGCAGCAAAGACAGGGCGGCUCCAAGCUCCCAGAGUCACUUGGAGGCAAGGAAGAGACAUCCCAGAGUGGCCACUCUUCCCAGAAAUACCUUUUAAAACACUGAGUUGAAGGUAAGGGGACCUACAGAGGAACUGGAACUUGGCUACUACUAACCCAAAGAUCAUGAGUAAGAAGAAAGAAUCCUAAACAACAACAACAACAAGACAAAACACGACUGUAAUGCCCCAUAAUGUAAGAGUCACUCAAAAACUGUAUGUGAAAUGCUACAUCUGUUCUUCCUCCACCCCCUUCUCUUCCCAAGCUCCUUCUCCAACUACCUAAGACGAGAAGAGAGAACUAGUGCUGGUAUUUCACAGCUCUUCUAGGCUAGGACAGGAAAACACUACACCCCAAAAACCACAGGCUGCUCAACUCCUGACCACCUUAGGCUGGAUAAUGGACACAGACUACUAAAGCAGCCCCAAGUCCACAGGAAGGGUGCAAGCAAUCAUAUCCCACUGGAACUUUUGGAUAAUCUCCAUCACCUUCUGCACUGUGGUGGACAAGAGCUCCUGCUCAGAGCUGGAUCUUGGCGUUGGAUUAAAGGCUAGACUUUGACAAGUUUGGAGACAUUUUCCAACCUCAAUCAUGUUUUCUGCAGAUAACACAGGGCUUCACAAGAUGGGGCAUGAGAAGGGCAUCCACUAAAGGGAAGUGAGCUCGUGGAAUUUCAUAGGCAGAGCAGCCAAGGACAGACUGACCACUAAGGGCUUGCAAUGAAAAUGCUCCAAGAAAAAGCUCUUUGGGCUGAAAGGAAGGCUGGAUCUGCUGAGGAAUGACACGGAUACAGGAGCAGUUACUGUGGCUUGCAGCCCAGGGAUUGUGCUUGCACUACAACACAGAGAUAGGAGCAGCCCAUGGCAGCCCCUCCAAGGGAGAGGGGAUUGCAGUGGAUAUUGCCUCACAAGAAAGGCUCAGCUCAAAAAAAAAUCCCCACCUGCCAGGUUUGAGUCUAACAGAAAAAUGGGGAUUUCUAAAUACAGAGUGAGGGCUAAAAAAAAAAAAAAAAGCCCCAUCAUCUAUAGGUUUAAAAAACCAAAAUCAUAAAAAGAACACAUGGAAAUGCUUCAAAAACAAAUGUCCCUUUUCCAGGUAGCUCUACCAAAAAGAAAACAAAAACCACUUAAAUGUAGCAUAUGUUGCACAUACGUAGUAACAAAAGAGGGUGUUCAGCUACUGGCAUAGUGCACAGAGAGGCUACAACAUAAGGCACUUGUGAUACAAAGCAUCACCAGCUACUGUAGGAAGAGAGAGGAUUGUGCAAGUGGAAAAGCUGCCUGAAGCCAAGCAGGCAGGAGGAGGAAUCAUGCAGCA